AUGCCCAUCAGUUCCACGUUGUCCGGAGGUUCGGCGAAGCAGGUCCGUGCGGAGAGCACGCAGUCCAGCGGGAAAACGUUCGAGCAGAUUCGUCAGGAGUGCCUACGGAGGGGUGUCCUGUUCGAGGACCCAGACUUUCCUGCCGUGGAUUCUUCCCUCUUCUACAGCCAGAGUGUCCCCCUUAACUUUGAAUGGAAGAGACCAGGGGAAAUCUGUGAAAACCCCAAAUUCAUCCUUGGAGGAGCCGACAGAACUGAUAUAUGCCAAGGACAGCUGGGAGACUGCUGGCUGCUGGCAGCGAUUGCCUCCCUGACCCUCCAUAAGGAAACACUGGCCAGGGUCGUGCCCCCCGACCAGAGCUUCGACCAUGGCUACGCUGGGAUUUUUCACUUCCAGUUCUGGCAGCACGGUAAAUGGUUGGACAUCGUAGUGGAUGACAGGCUUCCCGCGGUGAGGAAUAACCUGGUCUUCGUCCACUCGGCCGACAACAACGAGUUCUGGAGCGCCCUCCUGGAGAAGGCCUACGCCAAGCUGUACGGCAGCUAUGAGUCUCUGAAGGGAGGCAGCACCAUCGAGGCCAUGGAGGACUUUACAGGAGGAGUGGGGGAGAUGUACGACACCAAGAACGCACCAGAGAACCUCUUCGUCAUUCUCAAGAAAGCCUUAGACCGAGGCUCCAUGCUGGGCUGCUCUAUAGACAUCACCAGCUCUGCCGAGUCUGAGGCACGGACCACCACCGGCCUGGUCAAAGGCCACGCCUACUCCAUCACCGGCUUGGAGGAGGUGAACUACAGGGGCCAGCGGAUCAGACUGAUUCGGGUCAGAAACCCGUGGGGGCAGGUGGAGUGGAACGGUGCCUGGAGUGACAAUUCGAGAGAGUGGAAUAUGAUUGACAGAGCGGAGAAGAAUCGCGUUCUUCAGAACUCUCUGGACGACGGGGAAUUCUGGAUGGAGUUUGAAGACUUCAAGAGAAACUACGACAAGGUCGAGAUCUGUAACCUGACCCCAGACGCACUGACAGACAACACCACCAGGAAGUGGGAGGUGAACUUCUUUGAGGGCAGCUGGAUCCGUGGGUCAACGGCAGGAGGGUGCAGGAACUACAUCGAUACGUUCUGGACAAACCCUCAGUUCAGACUGACUCUGGUGGACGCUGACGACGAUGACGACCAGUGCAGCGUGAUUAUCGCUCUGAUGCAGAAGAACAGACGGCAGCUCAGGAAAGAGGGACUGGACCUGCAGACGAUCGGCUUUGCUCUUUAUGAUGCUCCUGAGGACGAUGACUUUGUGGCGAAAGACUUCUUCCGCUACAACGCCUCCAAGGCCCGCAGCCGUACCUACAUCAACCUGAGGGAGGUGUCUGAGCGUUUCACCCUCCCCCCCGGGAAGUACAUGCUGGUGCCCACCACCUUCCAGCCCCACCGCGAGGCGGACUUCAUGCUCCGCAUCUUCUCCGAGAAACAGGCCGACACGACGGAGAUGGGUAACACCAUUGAUGCUGUCCUGCCAGAUCCACCAAAGCCAAACCCACCAGAGGAGGAAACGGAAGAGGAGCGGGGACUGAGGAACCUCUUUGAACAGAUUGCCGGCUCGGACAAGGCGAUCAGUGCUAGAGAGCUUCAGCAGGUACUGAACGCCGUUCUGAGCAGAAGGAAAGAGAUCAAAUUUGACGGGCUGAGUCUGAAUACCUGUCACAGCAUCAUUAAUCUGAUGGAUGUCGACAACACGGGGAUGUUGGAGUUUUCAGAGUUCAAAGUUUUCUGGGACAAACUGAAGAAAUGGAUUAUGCUCUUCCUGUCGUUCGACACAGACCGCUCUGGUCGCAUGUCAUCGUACGAACUCCGCAUUGCCCUGAAAGCGGCAGGGAUGCAUCUGAACAACAAACUGCUGCAGCUUCUGGGUCUGCGUUUCGCCGACAAAAACUACGACAUCGACUUUGACGACUACCUCACCUGCAUCGUGAGACUGGAGAACAUGUUCCGAGUUUUCCAGGCACUAGACAAGUACAAGAGAGGAGAAGCCACAAUGAAUUUCCAACAGUUUCUGUUCCUGUCCAUGAAUGUCUGA